AAAAUAUUAGAUUAGAACUAAUGUUAAUUAUACUGAACAACAUGUAAUUUUGUCAUGCAUUCCUAACUCAUUACUAUUUUGAACAAAUAUAAUUAUUUCUUAUUUAACGCCCCGCAACGCUCGCUAGCAAGAUCCUUUAUAUAAAAACCCGUUAAAUUAGGGCACCAUGCGUUCCCUAUCCCUUCCUUUGAAUGUCACAAACUCUUUACCCUCCUACUCAAAAGAACAUUCAAAUAAAUCACAUUGCUUAUUCUAGAAGGAUUCCAAAAAGUACUCCUCUUAUAGGUAGUACACUAACCUAAGAAAAACGACAAAUCACCAAGAAAAUCACCAAGAAAAUAAAAAGCAUUAACCUUUUCCAACUCAUAAUCUCCAUCAUAUCCAACUUUCACUAUCUCUAUAAAUAAAAAAAUAAAAACAAUUAAAUCUAAUUAAUUUAAUCACUCACACCCUUAAUAAAAACCCAAAACCAAAAACCCCUCUAUAAUUAUUCUGCCCUUUAAAAAAAAAUUAAUUUUUCACUAACCCACUGUUUCUCUCAGCUAAAACCCUUCACCUUCAAAAUUUUUCCCCAAAUUCUUAGGGUUUUUCUCCCUAAUUUUUCUCAUGGCUCGAAUUUGCAACCCAGGUUUCCGAAAUCACUCGAAUUUUUCGUCGUAUUCAUCCCGGAAUCACAAAUCUCCGGCGGAUGACCACCGUGGACGGCCGCCGGAUGUUCUAGAAGACCACUGUCGUCUCCGCCCUAAUUUCAUCGUCAAGCUCUCUCCUCUUCCUGGCGACACCUUCAAUUACAGAAAUUCCGGUGUUAUUCAAAGCGUAUUGGUGAAACACUGCAAAUUCCGACCGUACGACGUCGUUUUCGAGUGGAAAUCGUCGUCAAUUCUUCUGUAUUACAUUCAAUGGAUUUGCGCUCGUGAAGGUGUCGUUAAAUUCUGGGAGGCGCUUUUCAAUGGCGAACAUAAUUUGACCCCAAUUUUGAUUCGAAACGUCAUCGUUCCGUCUGAUGUUGAUGAGGUUAACGAUAGGUUGAAACCGCUGUUUCUGGCGAAGCUUCGAGGUAUGGAUUCUGGAGAAGAGGUGAAAAACUGGGAGGAAAAAUUGCAGAGUUUGGAGAAAGAAAUUGCAGCGGUUUUUGUUGCUAUGAAGAAACAACAACAUCCGCAGCUAUUUGAGGAGAAUAGGAAGAAGAAGGAGGUGUUGAAGAGUGAGAAAGAGUUGAUUGUUAAGCGUAUUCAGGAGUUUAAAGCAGGUGUUCGUUGUUUGCGUUGUUACAUUGAAGGUGUAGAAUGUAAAGGAGGUUAUUCGCCGUAUUGGUUCCAUGAUGGCGGGUUCGAUUGGCCGAGGAUUUAUCAUCUGAUAACGAGGGAAUGUCGUCGGUUUCGAGACGGUUUGCCUGUAUAUGCUUAUCGCCGGGAACUUCUCCGGGAGAUCAGUUCUCAGCAGAUAAUGGUGUUGAUUGGGGAAACGGGAUCGGGAAAGAGUACUCAGUUGGUGCAAUUUCUUGCUGAUUCAGGUUUAGUUGGCGAUGGAUCUUUAAUAUGCACUCAGCCAAGAAAGAUUGCGGCAAAUUCACUGGAACGUAGAGUUAAAGAAGAGAGUUAUGGGUGUUAUGAAGAUAAUGCUAUCAGCUGCUAUCGGUCUUUUUCAUCUCUUCAGCAAUUUGAUGCCAAGCUAAUAUAUAUGACAGAUCACUGUCUACUGCAGUACUGUAUGAAUGACAAGAUGUUGCAUGGGGUUUCCUGCAUUCUUGUUGAUGAAGCUCAUGAAAGAACUCUAAACACUGAUCUGCUCUUGUCAAUGCUUAAAAAGUUGCUUCCUCUGAGGCCUGACCUGAGACUUAUUAUCAUGUCUGCAACAGCUGAUGCUAAGCAACUUUCAGAAUAUUUCUUUGGAUGUGGAAUGUUUUCGGUGGUCGGCAGAAAUUUCCCAGUUGAUGUGAAAUAUGUCCCAUCUUUCUGUGAAGGAAUUUCUCAGUCACUUAUUGGGUCAUCUGGUAACAUUGCCCCUUAUGUGUAUGAUGUUGUAAGAUUGGUGACUGAAAUCCAUAGAACUGAGAAAGAAGGCACCAUUCUUGCAUUUUUGACGUCACUCAUGGAAGUUGAAUGGGCUUGUGAAAUGUUGGUUGUACCUGAUGCGGUGCCUCUGGCAUUACAUGGUAAGCUGUCAUAUGAAGAGCAGUCACAGGUGUUCCAGGACUACCCUGGAAAAAGAAAAGUUAUAUUUGCAACAAAUGUUGCUGAAACAUCCUUGACAAUUCCAGGGGUCAAGUUUGUUGUUGAUUCUGGUCUGGCUAAGGAGAGCAGGUUUGAACCUGGUUCUGGCAUGAAUGUAUUGAGAGUAUGCUGGAUCAGCAAGAGUUCUGCUAACCAACGAGCUGGUCGUGUUGGGAGAACAGAACCAGGAUGCUGUUAUCGGCUGUACUCUCUGGAUGAUUUUACUUCGAUGACUGCUCAGCAAGAACCUGAAAUUCGUAGAGUACAUCUGGGUGUUGCUGCCUUGAAAAUUAUUGCACUGGGAGUAAAAAACAUUAGUGAGUUUGAUUUCAUUGAUGCUCCCUCCACUGAGGCAAUUGAUAUUGCUAUUCGAAAUCUUGUGCAGUUGGGAGCUGUCACUUCAAAUAGUGGCAAUUUUGUAUUGACUGACCUUGGUCGGUCACUGGUUAAACUGGGCAUCGAGCCUCGUUUAGGUAAGCUAAUUCUCGGAUGUGGCAGUGUUGGCCUGAAAAAAGAAGGUAUUGUUCUUGCUGCAGUUUUGGCAAAUGCCAGCAGUAUAUUUUGUCGAGUUGGUAACCUUGCAGAUAAGCUGAAGUCUGACCGUCUUAAGGUGUCAUUUUGUCACCCUCAUGGUGAUCUCUUUACGCUGCUUUCUGUUUACAAAGCAUGGGAGGAUGUUCCAGUGGGAAAGAGGAGGAAUCAGUGGUGUUGGGAUAACAGCAUUAAUGCCAAGGCAAUGCAAAGAUGCCAUGAUGCCAUCUGUGAAUGGGAGAGCUGUCUUAAAAGCGAACUUCGUAUUAUUGUACCAAGUUACUGGGGCUGGACACCUGAGCGUGUCACGGAGCAUGACAGGAAUCUUACAAUGGCCAUUCUUGCUUCCCUUGCUGAAAAUGUGGCAAUGUACUCUGGUAGUGAUCAACUCGGCUAUAAAGUGGCAUUGUCAGGGCAAUAUGUGCAGCUUCAUCCUGCCUGUUCUCUGUUGAUGUUCAAUCAUAGGCCUGAUUGGGUAGUCUUUGGUGAAUUAUUAUCAAUGUCUUGUCAAUAUUUGACGUGUGUGACUGCAUUUAACCAGGAACUCUUAUCUGCUCUUACCCUCCCUCCUCUGUUUGAUGUUUCUGGACUGGCAAGUCAAAAGCUGCAAGUAAUGACAUUAUCUGGCAAUGGGAAAACCCUUCUUAAGAAAUUCUGCGGGAAGUAUAAUAAUGGUCUGACUUAUCUUGUGUCACGACUGCGAAGUAUCUGCGGAGAUGAAAGAAUCAUCGUUGAAGUUGACUGUGAUAAGGAUGAAAUUCGGUUGUAUACUUCUUCAGAUGACAUCGAAAAGGUUUCAGAUCAUGUUAAGGCUGCUUUGGAUCGUGAAAGACGAUCAUUACAGAAUGAAUGCGUGGAAAAAUGUUUGUAUCAUGGUGGUCCUGGUGCAUUCCCUCCUGUUGCACUUUUCGGGUCUGGAGCUGAAAUUAAGCAUCUAGAGCUUGACAAAAGAUGUUUGACUGCUGAUGUAUUCCAUCCCAAUGCCAAUGCUAUUGAUGAUAAAGAGCUCUUAUUGCUUUUUGAAAGUCAUGCCUCAGGAGUAUGUGCUGUCCAUAAAUCUGUAAUUCAUGGUUCAGAGAUGGAAGAUAAAGAGAAGUGGGGCAGUAUUACGUUUCUGACGCCUGAUGCUGCCAAAAGGGCAGUUGCUGAGUUGAACAAUUUUACGUUUGAUGGUUCUUUGCUUAGAGUGAAUCUUUCAAGGGCAACAUUUGGAAUAGACCGACCUUUUUCAUUUCCUGCUGUCAAAGCAAAAUUGUCAUGGCCUCGUAGAAUUAGCAGAGGCUUUGGUAUUGUUAAAUGCAUGGCUCAUGAUGCUGAUUUACUGGUUUCACAGUUCUCUAAUCUGCGGAUUGGAGAAAGAUAUCUAAAAUGUGAACGUAGUGAAAAGUCUAUUGAUUCUGUUGUGAUUAGUGGAAUUGAUCGGGAAGCUUCUGAACCUGAAAUAUUACAGGUAUUGAGGAGUGCUACAAAUCGAAGAAUUAUGGAUUUUUUUUUGGUCAGGGGAGAUGCUGUGGAAGAUCCAACAUGCCAUGCAUGUGAAGAAGCUCUUUUUAGAGAGAUUUCUGUAUUCAUGCCAAAAGGGGCCCCACAGAUUAAUUUCUGCAGAGUUCAGGUCUUUCCUCCAGAGCCCAAGAAUGUUUUUAUGAGAGCUUUGAUUACUUUUGAUGGAAGGUUACAUUUGGAGGCGGCAAGAGCGUUAGAAGAGAUUGAAGGAAAGGCUUUACUUGGUUUUCAAUCAUGGCAGAAAAUACAAUGCCAGCGUUUAUUUUACACUUCAGUGUGUUGUUCUUCUGCUGUCUACUCUAUAAUCAAGAGAGAACUUGAUUCCUUGGUGGCAAGAUUUAACCGUCAAAUAGGAACUGAAUGCACUUUAGACAGGAAUGCCAAUGGCUCUUAUCGAGUGAAGAUUUCAGCAACAGCCACUAAAGUUGUUGCUGAGUUGAGAAGACCACUGGAAGAACUUAUGAAAGGGAAAAUUAUCCAUCAUGCCAGCCUCACUCCAGCUGUUCUACAGCUGCUCUUUUCUAGAGAUGGUAUCACAUUAAUGAAGUCCCUACAACAAGAAAUGAGAAUCUACAUAUAUUUUGACAGGCAGAGUCUUAAUGUGAGAAUGAUUGGGCCUUCUGCUAAGAUUGUUGUUGCAGAGGAGCAGUUUGUUCAGCGCCUUCUUAAUCUCCAAAUGAAUAAGCACUUAGAGAUCCAUCUACGUGGAGUUGAACUGCCGCAUGACUUGAUGAAGGAAGUUGUCAAGAGGUUUGGCCCAGACCUGCAUGGGCUGAAGGAGAAGAUACCUGAAACUGAGUUCACUCUUAAUACACGCCGUCACGUCAUUUCCAUUUGUGGUACUAAAGAGGCAAAGCAAAAGUUGGAGGAGAUUGUAAAUGAGAUAGCACUAGUUAGUGGUAGUUCAAGAGAGCCUAAUGCUUGUAGUGAAAAGGCAUGCUCGAUUUGUUUGUGUGAACUGGAGGAUGCAUAUCAGCUUGAGAGCUGCAUGCAUGUGCUCUGCAGAUCAUGUUUAGUGGAACAAUGUGAGUCAGCAAUAAAAAACAUAGAUAGCUUCCCUAUCUGUUGUGCCCAUGAAGGUUGUGGCGUCCCUUUUUGGCUUGUUGAUUUGAAAUCUCUUUUGUCAUCUGAAAAGCUGGAUGAGCUUUUUAUGGCUUCAUUGCGAGCAUUUGUAGCAUGUAGUUACGGCAAAUUCAAAUUUUGCCCUUCACCUGAUUGUCCUUCUGUUUAUCAGACUGAUGGUCCAGGAAAGACAGGGGAGCCUUUUGUGUGUGGGGCUUGCUAUGCAGAGACUUGUACUCAAUGCCAUUUGGAGUACCACCCUUACUUAUCAUGUGAAAAGUACAAGGAAUUCAAGGAAGAUCCAGAUUCAUCUCUAAGAGAGUGGUGGAGAGGUAAGGAGGAGUACGUUAAGAGGUGUCCGAUUUGUGGCCAUACCAUUGAGAAGUCCGAGGGAUGCAACCACGUUGAAUGUAAAUGUGGGAAGCAUUUGUGUUGGGUUUGCUUGGAGUACUUUGCUGAUAGUGAUGAAUGUUAUAGCCAUUUGAGGGAAAUACAUCACGGGAUUACAUGAAAGUGGUAUUUAUCUUAAUCCUAACCAUUAGAUGUCAUGUAUAUAACUGGCUUGUUUAGUUUAGCUCAUUGUACAUUUCCACAAUCCCAUAGCUCCGACUACAGUCUAAAACUAACUUUAGUGAUCCCUCUGUAUAUAUCGAGUUUGGUAAUGAUGUUAUAUAUAUACGGAGUACAUAUAGUGCUCGUGGCAGGUUUGACGCA